UCCUUCCUACACUCACUCACUCACACACAUCACCAGGAUCCUCUCAUUCAUAUUCACACACAUUCUUUCUUUCUUUCUUUCUUUAUCUCUCUCUCUCUCUCUCUCUCUCUCUCUCUCUCUCCAUUUUUGUUUCUUUCUUUAGAAACUAACAACUCACUCCAUCCAUCAAUGGCGGUUCCUCCCUCCGCCACUCCAGCUUCUCUUUACGUCGGCGAUCUCCAUCCCGACCUCUCCGACUCUCAGCUUCACGAUGCUUUCUCCGAUUUCAAAACUCUCGCUUCUGUUCGCAUUUGCCGAGACUCUUCCUCUGGUAAAUCACUCUGUUAUGGUUACGUCAACUUCCUCUCCCCUCACGACGCAAUUCGUGCCAUUGAGGUGAAGAAUCAUUCUACAUUGAAUGGAAAAGCUAUUAGGGUGAUGUGGUCACGUCGUGAUCCUGAUGCAAGGAAAAGUUGUAUAGGGAACGUGUUUGUUAAGAAUUUAGCUGAAUCAAUAGAUAAUUCUGGAUUAGAGGAUAUGUUUAAGAAGUUUGGGAAUAUUUUGUCAAGUAAAGUUGUAAUGUCUGAGGAUGGGAAGAGUAAAGGAUAUGGCUUUGUUCAAUUUGAAACAGAGGAAUCUGCAAAUGCUGCUAUUGAGAGGUUGAAUGGAUAUCUUGUUGGUGAUAAGCAAAUAUAUGUUGGAAAGUUUGUCAAGAAAAGUGACCGCAUAUCGUCUGGCCCGGAUACUAGAUAUACAAACUUGUACAUGAAGAAUUUGGACUUAGAUAUUUCAGAAACACUUCUGCGUGAAAAGUUUUCCUCUUUUGGGAAAAUCAUUAGCUUGGCUGUUGCAAAGGACAGCAAUGGUAUGUCAAAGGGUUUUGGCUUCGUGAACUUCGAUAACCCAGAAGAUGCUAAAAGGGCAAUGGAAACAAUGAAUGGAUUGCAACUAGGUUCAAAGAUUCUGUAUGUAGCCAGGGCACAGAAGAAGGCUGAGCGUGAGCAGAUCUUGCACCAGCAAUUUGAAGAGAAACGAAAGGAACAAGUCUUGAAAUAUAAGGGGUCAAACAUUUAUGUGAAGAAUAUUGAUGACAAUGUUAGUGAUGAAGGACUGAGAGAUCACUUUAGUGUAUGUGGCACUAUAACUUCUGCAAAGAUUAUGCGAGAUGACAAAGGGAUAAGCAAAGGAUUUGGUUUUGUGUGCUUCUCCACUCCUGAGGAGGCUAAUAAAGCUGUGAACUCUUUUCAUGGAUUCAUGUUCCAUGGUAAACCGCUAUAUGUUUCUCUUGCUCAGCGGAAAGAGGACAGACAGGCACAGUUGCAGCUCCAAUAUGCCCAGCAAAUUGCAGGACUCGCUGGGCCUUCAACUGCCAUUGUCCCUGGUGGAUAUCCUCCUUUCUACUACACAGCUACUGGUGUUGUUUCACACGCGCCUCCUCGUGCUGGGCUCGUGUAUCAGCCUAUGGCAUUGAGGCCUGGAUGGAGGGCUAAUGGCUCUGCACCUCCUGCCAGAUCAUUCCAACAGUCACCUACGCCUGUUGUUUCUAACAAUAAUACUAGGCAGCAUAGGCAAAAUAGGGGUAGGAUGAAUGGCCAUGCAGUAUCACAGGGAAAUACUCACUCUGGUACAUAUAUGCCACAAGCCCAGCAGGCUUCUCAGUCAGCGAUCUCUUCAAGAGAGUCAAGUACUCAGCAGAGAACUGGGCAAGCUAAGUAUGUACCUAGUGGGCGCCACCGUGAGAUGGAAAAAGGAUCUGGAUUAUCAUCUAGUGGAGGAUCCUUGGGACCAGAAGUGCUGCAUAGCAUGCUUGCUAAUGCUACUCCAGAGCAGCAGAAGGAGAUACUUGGCGAACAUCUAUACAUGCUUGUCCAGAAAAUCAAGCCUAACCUAGCAGCAAAGAUUACUGGGAUGCUUUUGGAGAUGGACAAUGCUGAAUUGCUGGUUCUCAUUGAAUCACCAGAGUCUCUUUCUGCCAAGGUGGAAGAAGCUUUCCAAGUGCUGAAGAACUCUAAAGCUAAAGUUUCUGGUCAGGAUGUACUUCAUUCAAAUUUCCUUUCAGCUGAGGUUGCUGUGAACUAAGUGAAGAAGCCUCCAGGAACGACAACCUUACAGUAUAUUUCCACAUGAAAAGAACUUUUAGUUUUAUGUUUUCCUUCCUUAGGGAUGAAGAGAAUUGGUAGUAAUAGUAAGAUUUAGGAUCUACUUUGUUUUGAAUUUUGUUUACAUGGAUUAACUUCAAUGAAUUUUGGUUCAAUAUUUUCAUUUUUCAUUAAUAUGCCGCAGCACAAACAGGGUACGCACACUAUUCCAAUCUCAGUAAUAUGUAAGCACGUCAACACUUUUAUA